GUACCCCCUAACUUACCCCCUAACUAUCGUACCCUCCACCCUGAAGGUGCCCGGGGUACGCGACGCCGGCAAGUCGCUGCUCGACGAGUGGAUCGAGAACGACAAACUGAAGUACCCCGACGCUGCCGAGUAUCCCGUGCAGCAGACGCUGGGUUCAGGCAGCGACUACGCGGCGUUCUUGUUCUACCUCGGCAUACCUUCGCUGGAUGUGUGGUUCCGGGCAAACCAGGCGGAGCACCCCGGGACGUACCCCGCGUACCAUACGGGGUACGAGACGUACCACAUGCUGGCCAAUCUCACGGACCCAGGCUUCCGUGUUAUACAGGGUUGCGGCAGGGUUGCCCUGCUAACCCUCAAAAGCCUCGCGGACUCCCGCAUCAUCCCCUUCUCCCCAUCCUUCUUCCCCAUCGCAAUGAGACGCGCCUUGAAGGCCUUGCACGAUAAGGGCAAGGAGGAGAUAUUGCUGCGCAUCUACCCUAAGUACAAGUAUCUCACGGCAGCCGUGGACGAGCUCGUCGUAGCUACGCAGCGCCUUGAAGAGUCGCUUAAGGGGCAGCGUCGUAUGUCAGCUAUGCGGGUGCGGUUUGUCAACGAGCAGCUGAUGGCCCUGGAGCGAACCUUCGUCCUGCCCGGAGGACUGCCGGACCGUCCCCUCUACAGACACUCUGUGUUCUCGCCACCGCGAUGGGAUGCGUACGCGGCCGCCGGGUUCUCUGGACUCAGUGACCUCCUGCACGACUACGACGAAAACGACGCUGCCAGAAAAGAGAAGAUCAAGAGGCACAUAAACGAACUAACCAUUCUCACCCAGCGGGCCUCGGCCAUUCUUAAGGACUCCCCCGUCCUCUAAUGUAUGGGCAACUCUGAAGGAAACCAUUCUUACUGGGGGACAUGAAUGAGGGAAUGGACUCCUUCGAGAAGGACCAUCUUUCUUAAACAAGGACAUUAACUGAAAAGUCCUCUUCGCGAGAUGACAUCUUUACUUGUAGAUUAUCAUUUGAUAGGUCAUACUUCAUGAGGUGUAUCUUCCACAAAAGAGGGUAUCUUUCGUGAGAGACAACUCGCGAGGGAACGGAUUUCACAUUUCCCUGAAUGACGUUUGGCCCUGAAACCCCAGUUCUUUUUUCUAUACAAAGUAUACUUUGUAUCUAACACUUCUAUACAAGGAAUACUUUGCAUUGCAAGGUUUAUUGACCUCAUCAUGUACGUGUAGGAAGCUUUCUCUGGAGUGGGGGUCGCAGUUCCCGAUCGGUAUUAAAAGACGUUCAAUGAAGAAGGUUCAACAGUUGGUAUGAUUUAUUCAUUUUAUUAAUUAAUGAGAGGCCCAUCAUAAUUUAAUAAUUU